UGUUUAUUUGUCAAAUUCAACAUGCCAAUGCCAACUAAGAACUAAAAAAUAAAGUUAAAUAAUGUUUUAAUUCAAUUUUGUACGUAUUUGUUACAAAUAAUUUCAAAAUGGGAAAAAAAACUAAAGUAGGUAAACAGCGAAAAGAUAAAUAUUAUCAACUUGCAAAGGAAACAGGUUUUCGUUCUCGAGCUGCAUUUAAGCUAAUUCAAUUAAAUCGGAAGUUUGGUUUUCUUCAAAAGUCGCGAGUAUGUAUCGAUCUGUGUGCUGCUCCCGGUGGCUGGAUGCAGGUGGCGCAUCAGAACAUGCCUGUCUCCAGUAUAGUCAUAGGUGUCGAUUUAUUUCCCAUUAAACAAGUCCCUGGCUGUAUUAGUCUUACAGAAGAUAUCACAACAGAAAAAUGCAAAGCUGCGAUUAAAAAGGAAAUCAAAACAUGGAAAGCUGACGUUGUUUUGCAUGACGGAGCUCCUAAUGUAGGUCUCAACUGGAUACAUGAUGCUUACCAGCAGUCGUGCCUCACGCUGAGUGCAAUGAAGUUGGCCUCCAACUUUUUACGAGAAGGAGGAUGGUUUGUGACCAAAGUAUUCAGAUCUAAAGAUUAUCAUGCCUUGUUGUGGAUACUUAAGCAGUUCUUUAAAAAAGUUCACGCCACCAAGCCGCAGGCUUCUCGUAAUGAGUCGUCAGAAAUUUUUGUUGUUUGUCAAGGAUACAUUGCUCCUGACAGUAUAGAUCCUAAGCUAUUGGAUCCAAAACAUGUAUUUGAAGAUUUGGGUAUAAUAAAGAAGGCACAAAAUAGCAUCUUGCAUCCAGAAAAACAGAAGAAAGCUAAAGCAGAAGGGUAUCAAGAAAAUGAUUACACAACCUUUCACAGCAUGUCAGUCUCAGACAUUUUGGAAAAAGAUGACCAUAUAGAAGCACUUCAAGGAUGUUCUGAGAUAUUAAUAGAUGACAAGGAAAUUUUAAAUCACCCUAGAACCACAAGUGAAAUUAAGGAGUGCUGUAAAGAUAUCAAAGUUCUUGGAAGGAAAGAUGUAAAAGCUUUACUAAGCUGGCUAAAACAUAUUAAAGAUUGGAAAGCAUCACAAACACAAAAGGAGGAAACUAUAGAAAAGAAAGAGACUACAAAUGUUGAAGAAACAGGUACAGGGGAGGAAAAGGAUGAGAUAGAAGCUGAAAUAGCAGAACUGCAGGAAGAAGAAAGAAAGCAAUCAAAGAGAAAAAGAAAGCAACUUAACAAACAGCGACAAAAAUUAGCUGAGAAAAUGAAUCUUAAAAUGGUGCUGAAAGGUGAUGAUGGCCCUAUUAUGGAGAGUCAUGAUAUGUUCAGUCUAGCUGAUAUCAAAAAUCGUGAGCAACUUCAAAUGCUUAUUGAUCAACAACCUGACAUUGUGGUGGAUGCCAAAGAUGAUUCUGAUGAUGAACUUAAAGUAAAAGCCAAGUAUGUCAAAUACGAUGUGGAGGCGUCAAAGUUGGACUCCUCAGGACUUUUCUACAAAGACUCAGAUAGUGAAUUAGAAAUGGAGUCAGAUUCAGAUAAUGAAAAUGAAAAAGAAUCUUUGGCCUUUUCAGAUUCAGAUAAUGAAACUAAAAAAAUAGAUAAAAUAACAAAGUUGAAUACAUUACGAAAUAGCAAGAUUAACAAAAGUCAAUCUAUUCCUAAGAAUAAUCCUCUACUGACUGACCUAGACAAUACUGACCCUGUCUCUAAAAGGUCAAUGAAAGCUGAGCUCUGGUUUCAAAAGGACAGCUUUAAAGACAUUGAUGAGGAAGAUGAUGAAGGUGUUGAUUUGGAUAAAUUAGCUGAAACAUAUAGAGAAAAAGGCAAGAAAGUUAAAGAUCUGCCCUCAGAAGAUUCUGCAACAAAAACUACUGUAAAGAGAAAACUUGAUGAUACAGAGAGUUCUGACGAUGACACUGACAGUGAUUAUGAUGUUGAAGACAAUGUAUCACCCGCUGCAAACAAAUCAGGAGCAAAGACAAACAAUAAGGAUGGAUUUGAAGUUGUUGCCCAAGAUCCAGAACUAAAGAGAUUGAAGAAGUCGAUAAAGAUGGACGCUCAAACGCUGGCCUUGGGCACAAUGAUAGCAACCUCGAAGAAGUUCAAGCGGGACCUCAUUGACGACGGCUGGAAUAGAUAUGCUUUCAAUGACAAGAAUUUACCCGAUUGGUUUGUUGAAGAUGAAAAGAAACACAUGAAGAAAGAAAUCAUUGUACCUGAGAAAUACACGGAAGAAUACAAAAAUAGAUUACAAGAUAUAAACGCGAGGCCGAUUAAGAAGGUGGUCGAAGCGAAGGCGAGGAAGAAGAAGCGCAUGAUCAAAAAAAUGGAGCGCGCAAAGAAGAAGGUGGAAGCGGUGAUGGAGAACGCUGACAUGUCGGAACGGGAGAAGUCACAACAAGUGCGACAGUUGUAUAAGAAGGCGCAAACUGACGGCAAGAAGAAGAUUACAUACGUUGUAGCGAAGAAGCACACCACAGCGAAACGUAUGAAACGACCGACCGGCGUCAAGGGACAGUACAAGGUGGUCGAUCCUCGCAUGAAGAAAGAUUUACGCGCUCAGAAGGCGAAGGAAAAAACUAAAGGCCGCGGUAAGAAAGCGCAGCGGAAUAAAGCAAGGCCUGCUAAAAAUAAACGGGCUAAAACUAAAUAAGUUUUAUUGUACUUGGAUGUACUACAAAUGUAUCAGUUCUAAAUGUAUGUAUCUAUAAGAUGAUUAAAUAAUUAUACUAUA